AUGGCUACAAGCAUUGCAACGGAAACAUUGGACAGAAUGAUAUCUACACUAGAAGAAAUGGUUACCAAAAAAGAGAUUCAAAUGAAUCAAAAAAUAACGUUAGAAGAAAUAUUAGCAUUAAUGUCCACUGCUACGAUAAUUAUGAUGGAAGAAGGUUCGCUGAUUGAGGUUGAUGUACCAAUUAAGGUUGUUGGUGAUAUUCAUGGCCAGUAUGAGGAUAUGCACAAACUAUUUGGAAUAAUCGGUAAAGUGCCUGAUGUGAAAAUGAUUUUUUUGGGAGAUUACAUCGAUCGUGGGCCACAAUCCAUUGAAACAAUAGUCUAUCUGCUAUGUUUGAAAGUGAAAUAUCCAGAUCGCAUUUUUUUGCUUCGAGGAAACCACGAAACCCCGGCAGUAAAUCGCAUAUACGGCUUCUAUAACGAAUGCAUACUUAAAUACGGCGUUGGCUUAUGGUGGGAUUUCCAGUCAUUUUUCAAUCGUAUGCCUAUGGCUGGACUUAUCGCUAAACGUGUUCUUUGCAUGCAUGGUGGCCUAUCACCGCAUCUGACAAGUCUCGAUCAAAUCCGUCAAAUUAAACGUCCUUGCGAACCAUUGGAUCGUGGAUUACUAAUCGAUUUAGUUUGGUCAGAUCCAACAAACAAAGGAGAUGGUUGGUUCUAUUCUCCACGUGGUCUUAGUUAUUCAUUUGGUAAAGGUGUUUUGCUUGCCGCUUGCAAAAUGUUAAAAAUUGAUCUUGUCAUUCGAGCUCAUCAGGUUGUGCAAGAUGGAUAUGAAUUGAUGGUUGGUAAAAAAUUGAUUACGAUAUUUUCUGCUCCAAAUUAUGCUGGACAAUUCAAUAAUGCGGGUGCUGUUGUUUGCAUCGACGAAGAUUUACAGAUAACAUUCCAACAACUUCGCGUUCCACCGGGACCAACUUGUGUGCGGAGCUGUCCAGAAGUAGCCUGUGUUCCCGGCCAAGCACUCAUCUUACCACAGAUCAAAGAAUCAGCAUGUACACCUCAGCUGAAAACCGCUAAACCAAAAGCUGAAGAAUUGAAAGAAAGAGUGGAGGAUAAGAAGGAAGAAAAUAACGAGAAGGCAGAGAAUAAAGAAGCGAAGAUGGAAAAUAACAAUAAGGAUGCAGAAAAGAGAAAUGGAGGCGAGAAAGAGGAGGAAAAGAAGACUGCUGAAAAUGAGGAGAAUGGUAAACACAGGAGAAAUAGUGAAAAUAAUGAAAAGAAUACAGAGAAGAAUCAAGUGGAAUUAGUAAUGGAAGAUCUUCAUCUAUUCUCCAAUGGAAUUUUCUCAAAUGUUUAUAAGGGAUUACUGAAAAAACCACAGCACCGAUUGAUUGCCGUCAAGAAAUCAUGGUCUGAUCAGUCAGAUCAUAAUCCAAUGGAAGUACAAAUUUUAACAAUGUUAAAUCGUAUGCAUCACAAAAAUAUCAUUAAAUUAUUGUAUAAAUUCAGUCAAGAAUAUCCUGAUCAGAAGAUAUGCACAGCAUUGGUAUUUGAAUUUUUUCCAAUGAAUUUACAUGAGGUUCGAGAACGAUAUGGUCCUUUAAGCAUUUUGGAUAUUAAAUUAUACACUUGGCAACUGUUCCGUGGACAAGCACAUUUGGAAAAAAAUAAUAUCUGUCACAGAGAUAUAAAGCCACAAAAUCUAUUGGUAAAUCAUAAAAGUGGAAUGCUGAAAAUUUCCGAUUUUGGAUCCUCAAAAGUUCCAUUCGAUAUCGAUGCGAAAUCGGUAAUGAUUUUUUUCUUUCUCGCUCCGCAGCUCAUAAUUAAUAUUUUGGGAUAUCCAACUCCACGUGAUAUUGCAGCAAUGCGAGUGACCACUAAAGUUCUUCAAAACAAUGAUUUUCUUGGUGAUUUAAUAAAACACAUUGAUCAAAAUGCAUUCGAAUUAUUGACACAAGUAUUGGUAUAUGAUCCGAUCGAUCGUUUGUCUGGUCAACGUUUCCUUGAAAAUAGCUAUUUCAAUGAAUUAUUCGAUCCACAAACCAAACGUAACGGACAACGCAUUAAAAUACUUUCUAAAAAAGAUUUUGAAUGUGCAAUUGCUGGUGAUGAAGUAUUGCCAGAAUCAACCAUAACAGAUACUAGUGAAAUGUAA